AUGUGUGCAGGUGGUUAGCUCAAUAUCUGAUUUCAAUACAUCAAACCAAUAUUUUUAAAUGGGUGUUUUGUUGUCUUUCCUGCAGAAUCCUAAAACGAGAGCCCAGAUUGAGACGUUGCUGCACAAUGGCAUGAACAAGGAGCUGCGAGAGCGGCUGUGCUGCCGCAUGUCGUUUGGCACUGCUGGUCUGCGCUCCGCCAUGGGAGCCGGAUUCUCUUGUAUCAAUGACUUGACUAUCAUCCAAACAACGCAGGUAAGCAGCUGGGUGCAUGGCGUGUCAGAAAUCCACAUCAUGGGAUGAUCACAUUGGGGUUUUAUUUCCCAAACUUGGAUUUCUAUGGAAUUAUAAAUGGAAUUGCAAAAUGUAUGCUUGAGUAGCCAAGAUGCUGCAAUAGAUGAUUCAGAGAUUGUUUCCAAUUGACUAUUUUUCCUUAAACAUUGCUGUGUGUGUGUGUUAUACUUGGCACCAUUUGGAAUCCUGAGUUUUGUUUUAUUUUUAUUUUUUUAUAUUCAUAUUUGUAUUUUUUGGCCAGCUUGAAUUUCAGUUGGUUUUGGACAGAUAGUUUUGCCUUCUCCAGUCUGUUCAGUCUGUCACCAGCUACCCAUUGAGAAUAAUAAUUAUUCACUAAAGCAAGGGUCUGACACAUUAAACUAUACUCUGGAAAAUAACUUGGUAAAGCCCCCUCCCCCAAAUGUACCAAAUUUGUCGGGUUAUCAAAAAUUGCUGUUUAGUGAAUAAUUCCCAAACGCAAAGAUUUUACGCGAUUUUUCACUCUUAUUGUGCCUGCUGUUUAUUAGCACUUACAUAUUUUAUUUUUAUUUUUUUAAUUCACAUCAGAGUCUCAGGAGUGUAAUUUCAUGCUGUGUAAGGACUGGCCUCCUCUGGAUACCCAUAAAACUAAAAUAGCAAUGUAAUCUAAACUGCAUCCUGUACAAAAUCUAUUUUAAAUACAUUCUUUUACAGGAGGUCACAGGAUUUAAUACACCCAUCAUGCAGCACCGUGGAUUAUGUUAGAGCUAUACAUUUUCAACCAAUUCUCCAGACUGCUGUCUGAGGUGCUGACCUGCAGUACAGGAAUCAUCCACUAAUCCUUGGCAAACGCUAACAGUAUAAAUUCCAUUUCAAUAAGUCCCCACUGGCCAUACAAAGAUGACACCUUUUUACUUUGCCAUUUGAAACCAUUAAGGUCGAUUACACAGGAGUGAGCUUUGUUUUAAUUAGCACUGAGCAAACAGGAGUGAAUGAACUUGGCCUGGUUUAUCAGUGUUUAUCAAGCAUGUGUUUUUCAUUAUUCUGUCAAUAUCUUAGUUUGCAGUGUGCAAUGGAGACAGAAUGAAAGGAACAUGUUAAUGUUUCAAUAUAUUUAUUUAUAAUUGCCUUAUUCCUCCCCCGCCCCGCCCCCCCCAAACCCCAAAAGACCACAUUCAAUUUAUAACAGACACAGCUCAUUGCCGCAGCCCAAUGUGUCCACAAUAAGAUUCUCAUGCCUGAUAUCUGAAUCAAUUCUUGUAAAGAAUUGUGGAAUCUUGGCCAUGAAACGUUACCUGGUGUUAUGCUGUGUGUGAAGAGCUUUGAAAAUCUGUAAAGGGUUACUCUAAGGCUAAGCAUCAUACCCAACACCCUGUAAAGGUUAUGAUGGCAGGAGCACCCUGGUUCUGUUAAGCAAUGGUUUUCCCUUUUACUUGUGCCACCUGUCCUGAAGCCGAAAGUCGAUCCCGCUAGCCAUUCAUUGGCUGAGAGCGUCAGCUGACCGCUCUCAUCAUUGAAUGAAAACCUUUGCAUAAGAAUGUGCACUGAAUUGUUGUUAGCCAGCCCAGUGAUCGAGGUAAUAGGGGCUAAGACACCCGUAUGACCCUGUCAGAGUUGGAGUUACACCUCCGGCAUCAUCGGGGUUAAACUCCAUAUGUUCAGCAUUUGAAAGUGAAACACUGCACAUACAGACUCCUGGCACCAUGACCAGCACUGAAGUAGUCAUGAUGUUUGGACUAGCCAUUUAGGGGUGACUUCACAGUUACAAAUACAAUUUGUCACUCCUCCUCUCCAAGUAAUCGUGCUCUGUAUUUGUAACAGUGAUAUACGUGGUGUGCAACUGCCCCUCUCCCAAUGUCAUUACCAGCAUGAGUUUAAUGUGGACAGAAUGACCUUGGAGUAUACAUUUAAACAGUGCAUGUGUGUUUUUACUGUAGGCUAUAUUUAGCAUUAAAGGAAAACUCUAAGCACUUAACUUCAUGGAGUGGUUUUGGUGUAUAGAUCAUGCACUGCAGCCUCAUUGCCCAAUUCUCUCGGAUGCCUGCUCGCUGUCUUAUCAACCACUUAAGGACACAUGACGUGUGACAUGUCAUGAUUCCCUUUUAUUCCAGAAGUUUGGUCCUUAAGGGGUUAAAGGGACACUAUAGGUACCCAAACCAGUUCACCUCAUUGAAGGGAUCUGGUUGUACCCUGUAGCUGAAACAUUGCAUUACAUUUAGAGAAUCUGCACUGUGUUGAUUGCAGUGUUAGGAAUGCCUCUAGUGGCUGUCUACCAGACUUUAACUCCAUCGUGAACAGACGCCGAACUCUGUGCAGGAAGCUGUCUACCGUUUUCUAUAUCCCCAUUGGAAAGCAUUGAGUCAUUCCUUUCCUCUGGGGAAGACCUAAUGUGUGCGUUGCAUGCUUUCAUGUUUAUUAUAGCUGCUUACUAUCGUAUUGAUGCACAUUUAACUGCAUGCGCUUGCUAUUUAUGAUGGCUGCUCACUAUCCUUGAUGCGUGUUUCCCUGCUUGCUGUCUGUUUGAUGCUGCGUGCUCUCGCUGUUUAUUAUGCGUGUUUGCCGUCUGUUUGAUGCUGCGUGCUCUUGCUGUUUAUUAAGCGUGCUUGCUGUCUGUUUGAUGCUGCAUGCUCUUGCUGUUUAUUAUGCGUGCUUGCUGUCUGUUUGAUGCUGCGUGCUCUCGCUGUUUAUUAUGCGUGCUUGCUGUCUGUUUGAUGCUGCGUGCUCUCGCUGUUUAUUAUGCGUGCUUGCUGUCUGUUUGAUGCUGCGUGCUCUCGCUGUUUAUUAUGCGUGCUUGCUGUCUGUUUGAUGCUGUAUGCUCUCGCUGUUUAUUAUGCGUGCUUGCUGUCUGUUUCAUGCUGCGUGCUCUUGCUGUUUAUUAUGCGUGCUUGCUGUCUGUUUGCUGCGUGCUUUUGCUGUUUAUUAUGCGUGCUUGCUGUCUGUUUGCUGCGUGCUCUCGCUGUUUAUUAUGCGUGCUUGCUGUCUGUUUGAUGCUGCGUGCUCUCGCUGUUUAUUAUGCGUGCUUGCUGUCUGUUUGAUGCUGCGUGCUCUCGCUGUUUAUUAUGCGUGCUUGCUGUCUGUUUGAUGCUGCAUGCUCUCGCUGUUUAUUAUGCGUGCUUGCUGUCUGUUUGAUGCUGUAUGCUCUCGCUGUUUAUUAUGCAUGCUCAUUAUCUUAUCAGCAUGUGUUUCCCUGCAUGCUCUCACUGUUUAUUAUGCCUGUUCGUUCUCCAACUGGUGCAGGUUUCUUUAAAUAAUCUCACUGUUUAUUACACAUGUUCACUGUCAAAUUGCUGCAUGUUUCCCUGCGUGCUUUCACUGUUUAUUAUGCAUGCUCAUUAUCUUAUCAGCAUGUGCUUCCCUGCGUGCUCUCACUGUUUAUUCAGGCGUGACUUUAUAGUGGCCCAAUAAACCUCAUGAUUGUGUAACAAUGCUCUGUGUGUAUGGAAUGCAGCCAAGUAGGAAGAUGCAGUUAUUGCUUAUUAACCAUAACUUUGUAUUCUAGGCCAAUUUGCCCUUUUAAUUCUUCUGUGUAAUUUCUGUACAUUCAAUGAUAGCAGUGUUUAUUGUGACUUAAGGAACAUUCCCAAUCACCAUAACCACGACAGACCGAUAUAGUGGUUAUGGUGCCUUGAGUGCUGUCCCAGAGUAGUUUGUAAUACCAUUUUAGAACAGUUUGGCAACAUACCUGGGUUUAUCUGGACAGCCCACAGCCUGCUUUGGAAUUCUUUAUGUGGGACAAUCCAGUUAACUUCACCAAGAGAAGCAAGGCCAUGUUCUUUGAGCACAGAGUGUGCCCUCAGCCAGUGAGUAACAUAGACUGUGACGGCAGAUAAGAACCAUUCGGCCCAUCUAGACUGCCCAGGGGUCUAUUUACUUUGUAUUUUUUUUAUACGGUUUACGUUAAUAGAAAUCUCCCUAAAUUAUAUAUUCAGUUUAAAAAUAUUGAGAAAUUUACUCAUUAUGUCAGUAGCUUUGCGGAUGUUACAUUAUUGUAAAAUGCACCUCUGGUUUGGUUUCUCCUCUGCCCAGGCUAGAUGAGUAACCAUAGCACAUGUGUUGUGGCUGUGGUGGAGAACAGGGGGGCCACCUGUAAGGUUUCUCCUGUUGUCCUUGUCGGUCAGUUUUACAACAUUGAAGUCUUUAUCUGCGCUAGUUGUGUAAAACUUAUGAGCAAAAUAUUAUUAUGAUAUUUAUAGAGCGCCGUCAAAUUCCGCAGCGUUUUGCAAUGGGUGGACGAACAGACAUGUAGUUGUAACCAGACAAGUUGGACACACAGGAACAGAGGGGUUGAGGGCCCUGCUCAAUGAGCUUACAUGCUAGAGGGAGUGGGAUAAAAUGACACAAUUCAAAAUAUUGAAACCUUUUGUUUUUUCCUCUCCAUUUUGUUGUUCGUAACUAGUAUUGUGAUUAGGGUAUCAAAAUGAAGAUCUCUCCCCAAGACAUUUAACCAAGAGCACGUUGACACUUUCCUUUUAGACAUUUUAUUACUAACCUCUGCCAAAUUUGCAUAUUCUUGAAAUUUGUUUGAGUUUCUCAGUUUUUCACAUAACUUUUUUACUAAUUUUUAAUUCUGCUAGUUCUGAGUAAAGCUAUAACCCACAUGUGUACCAUUGCCAAACUUAUAAAGUGAAAUUAGCCACAUGCUUUACUUUUACCAUGAUAAUCUGUGCCACCAUACUGUCACACUUCUAAUGCUAUUUCUAGACCUAAUGCCAAACCAAACAUCACUGUUUAGCAGAUAGGCCGUCAUGCUGUGAGAUGUCAGAACCCAUCACACAAAAGACAGGCAUGACAUUGCUCCCAGGAUGAUCAGUCUGCUUGGGUGCCAGUCAUAUCGUAUUACUGGAGUGCUUAUAGCCCAGUACAAACUGAUCACGUGGUGUACCAGGCACUGCCUGCACGCAGCAUGGACUGACAGCUUGUAGCAGCGUUCCAAUACGGGGACAGCCUCUGGGAAGCUGUUGCUAAAUGGCUCAUGCUUGAGCCCAUUACAUGCAGCAGUUGGCAUGUUCAGCACAUUCACGUGUUACCAGCGAUUGUUAGUGGCAGCUGGCAUCCAGUCGCUGCUUGUUGAUGCCACUGCAUUUGAAUGCCAUGGGCAGUCUGGGGCGGGCUGUUGCUGGACACUAGUAAGAAUUUUGGCAAUAAUCAGGUCUUUCCACUAUCAUCGAUACCUGAGUUUUGGAGUGAAGAACUACGUAAAUUGCUGCCAUAUCCUCUGUCAGCUGGCAUGAAGUGGUAAAUUCCAUCCACAGAAAGUAAAGCAGUUGUUAAUCAUUGUUAAAUUGUUCGGAAUUCGUUUUAACAUUCAUUUUCUUGUUCAGUCAGCUUUAACACCUUAAGGACACAUGACAUGUGUGACAUGUCAUGAUUCCCUUUUAUUCCAGAAGUUUGGUCCUUAAGGGCUUAAACCACAUCUGAUGACUAUCAACAUUCCCACAUUAUCAGGGUUUACAAAUAGCUGAUACAUACAUUGAGGCUGCCUUUUCUCAUCACUUAUUCAGUAGUUCUAUUUCUGUGUGUGUAUUUACCACUAGGUUAAUGCUGUCUGAAGGACAUUCUAGGAGAGCAUCAUUCACAAGCAAUCUUUAGCAUCUAAUAAGUUCUACAUAUAAAAAAUUUAAUGUUAUGUGAAUAAUGUGUUAUUUCUUCCAUUCUGGCACAAAUCGCUGACUAAUUGACUGAAUUAUGUUUUGCUUUUGUAAACAUGCAUUGAUGGGAGUAGUCUAAAAUUUGGGACCUGUUAUUCCAAAAGGGAAACAUGAUCUCAGCAAACCAAUCCAUCAAAAUUGUAGGAAUGCCUAUAAUUUGACUCUACUACACCUACAAUAACUGGCUACUGUAUCCGUGAAAUGUAUUGCUACAAUCUGGGGAUGUAGCAGAAUAUAUAGUUCUUUACCGUACACAUCAGGUCUAACACAGGAAAGAAAAUCUCACCACUGUAACAGUAAUUCAAAAUAGAUCAUGUUAUAAUGCAGAAUGCAACCGGGAGCUUGUUAAGCCUAAUUGACAGUUUGUAACACUUUCCACCGAAGUGUUCUAAGUGUUCGUCUGGGUGGCCGCCGUUUGCAUGAAAGACCACGAGGUGGUGGCCAUCUUGUCCCCACGAACACUGGCAGCAGUGUUUUGGUCGUUAAGUUCAUGGAGAGGCCUUCCCACUGGGAGCUGGAUCUAGGAGUUUGGUCCAGGGUGGAACGGGACGCGAGACCCUAACCAAGCUGUAACACUGGAAGUGGGGAUUAUAGUGCUGAUGGUUCCGGUGCGGUGCUGAUGGUACUCGGCGAUGGCUAGGAAGCAGCGAUUGGUGACAGGCAGUCCGUCACAAGGAGCAUUAAGAUAAAAUUAAAAUGCGUAUAAACAAAAAUGUAAGAUUCUAUGCUGCAAGUCUGUGAAAAGCUUCUUAGACAAAGAGCAUAGGAGCAAAAAAACCCCCACAAAAGCAAUCAUGUUGCCCAUAUAGGCUUAAUCGUAUACAAAGGCACUAUUGCAAGCAGGUUGCAAAGGAGAAAAACUAAAAGAAAAAAUUACCAAAGAUGAAUCUAUAAACAAUGCAAUAAACGCAAAGAACAUUCACGGAAUUUACAAUCACAGUUCAUUUUAGACUCUUAAAGGAGAGAAAAUAAUGCUAAAUCUUGUCAAGUUAUCAAUUUAUCAGACAUAAAUCAAGUGCGCUCCCUUUCCCUAUUAAAGGAAACAACCGCUGCGCUGCCUAAUAACAAAAUAUAAGAUACACCCCAAUGUAAACAUGCAUGCAUUUAAUUAUGCAUUUUUCCAUUGUAUCUAAAAACAGCUUGCAAAAACUGCAGAUUUUGCAAGCCCUCCCCUUCUAACCUCCCAAAGACUUUCUGUGACUGUCCAAGAUCUGCAAGUUUCCAGGGGGUUUAACAAAUUUAAAGGAUCACUAUAGUGUUAGGAAAAGGCACUAGUUUUCCUGACACCAUAUAAACCCCCCCCUCCCUUGGCGCUGAAGGGGUUAAAACCCCUUCAGUUACUUACUUUAAUCCAGGCCCGGGCUCCCUCGGCGCUGGUGACCUCUCCUUCCCUGCGUGCGCAUGCAUUCAAACAGUCCAUAGGAAAGCAUUUCUAAAUACUUUUUUAUGGACGUUCUGCACGCUGAAUGAUAUUUUCGCAUCCAGCAUCGCAGAAGCGCCUCUAGCAGCGGUCAGGAAGACAACCUCUAGAGGCUGGAUUAACCCCAAAUGUAAACCUGCUAUGUUUACAUCUGAAGGGUUAAAAUCUGGGGGACAUGGCACUCAGACCAUUUCAUUGAGCUGAGGUUGUCUGGGUCCUUUUAAUUUAUAAAUGUGCCAAUUUCUAUUGAAAUAUGAACUUUUUAUAAAAUGAGCAAAUGAGGACAAACUCUUCACGUUUGAAGCACUUCAGCAAGUUAGAGUGCUUUAGGGGUCUGGGGUCAUUAAAGUCUCCUAGAGCACUUUUGUUUUGUAGAAACGGCAAUGUUCACAUUGCAGGUUUAAACAAACCUCGAGUGGUUGUCUUCAGCUGCACAUAAUCCAAUGCUUUCCUGUAAGAAACAUUGGUUGUGUGCAGUGCCCAUCGCACAUGUGAAUCAGGUCCCUAAUGCUACUCUGUGAGGACCAUUGGAUUGGACUAUCACCAGAAGGAGCCAUUCCACUUUGCGUAAGUCAGGGGUGGUAGAGAUGCAAGCAGUGGAAAUAGUCUCAGUGCUUGAAAAAAGGCAAGUACAACUUUUCUUAAAUGUAUGGUGAAUGGCGGGGGGGGGGAGACUCCUGAUAUGCUACAAGGACGUAGCUAGGGUAUUCACAGAUUGGAGUAUUUACCUGGAGGUAUUUCUCACUAUAUCUACGUGUUUCGUUACAGGGAAUGUAUCUCUACCUGGAGCGAUCUUUACAAGAUCUCACGCAGAGGGGACUGGUGGUUGGAUAUGAUACUCGUGGACAAGUGACCAGUAACUGCAGCAGUAAGAGGUAAGGAUCAGAUCUGUAAAUCCGUCAAACAAAAAGUAUUCAUGGAUUCAGUUCUCUCUAAGACUGUGAGUGAUAUAGUUUGCAUAUUUGAGUCCAACCUUUAAAACACACCUUUUUUUGCUGUUCAUCCAAAUAAGGCAAGAGAAAAAAAAGCUAUUUGAAGCAAUUUCCCCUUAUGCCACAAAAUAUUAGAGAAUUUUUUUUUCUUGACCCCAUAGUCUCAAUCAGGUCUCAUCGAUCAGAAGGCUUAUUCGAUGGAACAAAUGCGUUGCUUUUAAUAGAAUAUGUAUGUAACUGCAGGUGAGAGGAAGUAUGCUUUGCAUUGUGGGAGGCGGAUACAGGAGAAAAUAACUAAAAUAUAUUCUAAACUAAAUGUAAUUUUAACGUACCACCUUGACAUCUAUUAAUAUAUAACAUUAUCUUGUGGUUCCCCUUAACAGCUCUGACUGGUAGAGCAUUACAGAAUUCAGAUUUCAGAGCACCAGGUUCUAAAAACAGAUUCUCCCGUCUUACGUUACCGGCAGGAUGGAGGCACAUGUUCUGGGGGAGGCUGAUCUGAAAUCGGACCAAUCUUGCUUCCAGCUCAUGUUCCCAUUUCAUAAAUCACCAUGAGGGGGUUUAUUUUAUCUGCUAUUAAUCCUGGGCAGUGCCAGAUGGCUGAGCUAUGGAUAUUACAGGCGCCCAUAGUAGAAACAUUGCAGUUUCCUUCCUAAAAUCCGUGAACUGUUUUAUCUGCAACAAUUAUCUCUCUGAAUAGAAUAAUUGAUUUGGGCUGGAUAAUGAAAUCCUACAAAUUAUUCAGUGUUGGCACAUGAAGCUCUCCACCUCCUGUGCAGACAGCAUUGAUAAUAAGGAUAUAUUUUUGUAUAACCCUUUCAUGUCAUCAACCAUUUUCCACAAUUGGGAAGCAGACUGUUAACCUUUGCAAGACUUGAAGUAAACAAAUUAUUUAAUUUGAUUAGUCCUGACAUUUAAAAAAGAAUUCUUCAAAAGGAUGCACAGCUGACAAUGUAUAAGUAUAGAGAUGAGAUUGAUGGCAACACCCUCAAUUGAUCUAAACACAGCAUUUGUUUGAAUAGUUUGCCAGAGUCAACAUUUUUAAAUAAAAUGUAAUUUCGUAGCUGUGCAAUGAAGGGUUUGCAGACCUAUCAAAAUCGCAGUUACGGCAAUGUGGCUGGAAGGAGCCUUGCUAAGCAGUGUGUUUUGGAAUAUGUCCGGUCUAGUCCCUGAAAGUUCUUAGUAGAGAGAGUGUUCUGCUCAGCAUGGCUCUUCUGCUGUAGAAUUUAUUUGGAGUGAACAUUCACCAUCUCAGUUUACAGUUUGUCUUUUUACUUAAACGUCUCCCUCCAUUUACUUAAACGAACACCAAGCACCAAAACACUGCAGCAAUUGUUUUGUAUUAAACCAUUUUGGAUCAGGCUCCAGCUUUUCUUCUGCAGCUGCACAGAUAAUGUGGCUUUUACACUUCGGUGUUAUCAAGUACGAAUCUGUCCAACCUUGGGUGAUCUUGGUAGGCAGAGAUCACUGGGGGGCAGGUUAACACAUUGCUUUCAACUCAUACAUACUGUCCAAGGAUAUUUUAGCGCUAUCAGUGCUGCUGUAGAGGGACGAAAAACCCACCAGUUGUGGGUGCUGGCGAGAGAUCCUGUCUCUGUCAAACUUUAACAAAACAGUCUGACAGAUAACGGGGAGGGGGCGGGGAGGAGGGAGGGAUAAGGGGUAAGUGCUAGUGUACAUUGCCUGUCCGCUCACUGACUUCUCUUUUUUGUUUUUUUUUAUGUUUUAGACUUGCUAAACUUACUGCCGC